AUGGCGUGCUGCCAUACAGACUGCAUUGAGAGACCUUUAUCAAAACUCUUUAAAAAAUUCGGACGUCUUGUCGGCUCUCGCCCCUACUGGUUUCUCAUCAUCCCCGUGUUAGUCUCCACUGCAUUGGGAGGGGGAUUUUAUUUUCUCAAAGACAGAGAAGCGAAUGACAUCGAGGAACAGUUUACCCCGCUGAACGGACCUGCCAAGCAAGAGAGACAAUUCGUUAAGGAAAACUUCCCUUACGACAAAUCAACGUUUUCCAGCCAGAGGCUGUACACUGAAGGAACAUACGCAUCUCUCAUAGCUGUUUUUAAAUCAAACGCACCGACAAAUGCAGACUUACAAGCAGCGGCAUUUGAUGGAAUAAUCAAUUUGGACAAGAAAGUCACUGACAUCACUGUGAGUGAUGGGACAGAACAGUUUACGUUCAACGAUAUUCGUUACAAUCGGAGUGAGAAGGCGCCCACCACUGAUGUGAUAUUUCCGGGGCUCAACCUGAGCUCAGAGUUUGGCGGGAUUUUCAGCAAUGACAGUGUUUGGGCUGUUAGACUUUUUUACUAUGUGCAGGAAGAUGACAGCAGCCAAAAAGCCCAUUUAUGGCUUGAAGAAUUCCUUAAAUUCUUCUCCAGUAGGUCGAACAUCAAUGGAAUUGAAGUGUCUUAUUUUACGUCAUUGUCUCGGCAAGAAGAGUUUGAGAAAAAUGCAGAAGAAGUUAUUCCUUUAUUUACCAUCACAUAUUUCCUUGCCAUCACCUUCUCAGUGGUGUCAUGUAUGAGGUUGGACUGCGUGAGGAACAAGGUGUGGGUGGCUGCCUUUGGUGUGCUCUCUGCUGGCCUGGCGGUGCUGUCCAGUUUUGGGAUGAUGCUCUACAUUGGUGUGCCUUUUGUCAUGACUGUGGCUAACUCUCCCUUCCUGAUACUGGGGAUUGGUGUGGAUGAUAUGUUCAUCCUCAUCUCCUGCUGGCAGCAGACCAACGUCCACGACAAAGUCGAGGAGCGUCUGGCUGACACGUACAAAGAGGCGGCCAUCUCCAUCACCAUCACCACGCUGACCGACGUCCUGGCUUUCUACAUCGGCCUCAUGACCCCCUUCCGCUCCGUGCGGUCCUUCUGUCUGUACACCAGCACCGCCAUUCUCUUCUGUUACCUGUACAGCAUCACCUUCUUUGGAGCGUUCCUGGUGCUUAACGGCAGGCGGGAGAACAGCAACAGGCAUUGGCUGACCUGUAAGAAGGUUCUGAAGGAACACCCCCCAGGUCGCUCCAAAGGCUUCUACCUCUGCUGUGUGGGAGGGGCUUAUGACCACCACACUGGCUCAGAGGAAAUCCAACCAAUGAAUCACUUCUUUAAGAACUACUAUGGGCCCUUUCUCACUAAAUCGUGGACCAAAGCCUUUGUGAUCCUGCUCUACGCUGCGUAUUUGGCAGCCAGCAUUUAUGGGUGCUUCCAGAUACAAGAGGGCAUAGACCUUAGGAAUCUGGCACCUGACAGCUCAUAUAUAAUUAAGUAUUAUAAUAAUGAAAAAGAGUACUUUGCCAAAUAUGGUCCAAAUAUUAUGGUAGUCGUGAAGGGUGAAUUUCCAUACUGGAAUGAACAGAAUGUAUCUGAACUCGACACCUGCAUCACAGCUUUUAAGAAUCUCUCUUACAUUGAGAAAAAUGGAUUUACUUCUUGGUUUCAGUCAUAUAAAGAAUAUGCAUUAAUGAUGAAUUUGAAAGUAAGUGAUGAAAGGGUGUUCAAGGCAAAUUUAUCUUCAUUUCUUGAAUACUCUGACUUCAAGCAAGAUGUGAACUUCACCAACAAUGUGAUCUAUGCCUCACGGUUCUUUAUGCAAACAGCGAACAUCACCGCUGCAAUCGAUGAGAUGAAUAUGUUAAAUGAGUUUAGAGUCACAGCUGAGAAGUGUCCUGUCCCAUUAUUGGUUUAUCAUCCUUCAUUUAUAUACUAUGACCAGUAUGCCGUCAUAGUGAGCAGCACCAUCCAGAACAUUGGAGUCACUACUGCGGUGAUGCUGCUGAUCUCCCUCUUGCUGAUUCCAAACCCUCUCUGCUCUCUGUGGGUGACCUUUUCCAUCGCCUCUGUCAUUGUGGGUGUCACCGGCUUCAUGGCUUUGUGGGACAUCAACUUAGACACCAUAUCCAUGAUCAUUCUCGUUGUCUGCAUUGGCUUCUCGGUAGACUUCUCUGCGCACAUUUCCUAUGCCUUUGUCUCAAGCAAUAAGCCAAGUGCCAAUGAGAAGGCUGUUGAGGCGCUCUUUUCCCUGGGCUAUCCUAUAGUGCAGGGGGCAGUCUCUACCAUACUGGGGGUGGUUGUGCUGUCUGCAGCACAGAGCUACAUCUUCAGAACUUUCUUCAAGAUCAUGUUCCUGGUCAUCCUCUUUGGGUUGUUUCACGGUAUCAUGUUUAUCCCAGUGUUUCUGACCUUCUUUGGAUGUUGUGGGGACAGCAACGUGGAUUAUCACAAGAACAAGGAGUUUUGCCAGAACAAGGAGGAAUGUGUCAGUGCUGUUAUGCUAGCUGGACUGAGCUGCAAGGAGGGGAAGAUACACAACACCUAUAAAAACAAAACCAGAGUCAUCCAAAUGGAUAUGGCACAUAUGGACUGCCCGUAG